CUCUCCUAAAAAUAAAAUUUCGAAACACCACUCUAAAAUUCUACAAUUUUCUUUCUCACCUUUGUGCCAAUUUCAAUUUCAGUUUCCUUAUCUCCUCGGUUUAAUACCUCGCCGCCGCACUGCUACUUCCACCAAACUCAGUUUCACUCUCCUCCUGUCCUGUUGUUUUUCCCAUUCUGCCCCAGUUCUCGAAAAACCCUAGACAUGAAGGGUUUAGAAGAAGAAAGAAGGAGUAAACUCAAGGAAGAAGAAUCCGAAGAGGAAGAGGGACAAUUUGUCAGGGGACGUGAAGAGAAACAAGACUAUAGAAUGCAUCGCCGACGCGAUGAAGAUUCCAAGCGAGACCGCCGUGGAGCUGACGAGGAAGAUCGUCGUAGCCGCCGUGGUGAUUUAGAAGACGGAGAUGAUAGGAAGAGGAACAGGGAUAGUGAUAGGGAUAGGAGACACAGAGUUGAAAAAGACAGUGACAUUGAGAAAGAGAGAGAUCGAAGAAAUCGGUAUAAGGAGGAUUCAGAGGAAGAACGUGAUAGGAAGGGAAUUAGGGUUAGGGAUAAGGAUAGGUAUAGGAGAGAUAGAGUUGAUAGGGACGAUGAUAAUGAGAAAGAGAGGGAUCGUCGUCGUCGAUAUAAGGAUGAAUCUGAUGAGGAAGAUGAUAGGAAGAGAAAUCAUGAUAGGGAUAGGAGGUAUCGAGAUAAUGAAAAGGAGAGGGAUCGCAAUCUUCGAGGUGAAGAUGAUAGAAUCAACGAGAGGAAUGGGGAGAGGAGGCAUAGAGUAGUUGAAAAGAAUGGUGACAUUGAGAGGGAAGAAAUUAAGCAGAAAGAAGAUGGAAGAGGGAGAGCGACGGCGGCAACGAUACCGGAAAGUAGAAUCAAUGGUGGUGAUGCAUUGAAUUUGGGGAAGAGUGGUGGUGUUUACAUUCCACCUUUUAAGUUAGCUAGGAUGAUGAAAGAAGUUGAUGAUAAGAGUAGUCCUGAGUAUCAGAGGUUGACAUGGGAUGCACUUAGGAAGAGUAUUAAUGGACUUGUCAACAAGGUUAAUGCUACCAAUAUUAAAAACAUUAUUCCUGAAUUGUUUGGGGAGAACUUGAUUCGCGGAAGAGGUCUCUUUUGUCGGUCGUGUAUGAAGUCGCAGAUGGCUUCUCCUGGGUUUACCGAUGUGUUUGCUGCAUUGGUUGCUGUUGUGAAUACCAAGUUUCCUGAAGUUGGUGAUCUUUUGCUCAGAAGGAUUGUUUUGCAAUUAAAGAGAGCUUAUAAGCGGAAUGACAAGCCUCAAUUGCUGGCUGCUGUUAAGUUUAUAGCACACUUGGUGAAUCAGCAAGUGGCUCAUGAAAUCAUUGCUCUAGAGCUACUCACGGUUUUGCUUGAGAAGCCUACCGAUGACAGUGUUGAAGUAGCUGUUGGCUUUGUCAAAGAAUGUGGUUCAAUAUUGCAGGAUCUUUCACCUAAAGGACUCCAUGGUAUCUUUGAGCGCUUCCGUGGAAUUCUUCAUGAAGGAGAAAUUGACAAACGUGUUCAAUUUCUAAUUGAAGGCCUAUUUGCAAUAAGAAAAGCGAAGUUUCAGGGUUUUCCAGCUGUUCGGCCUGAAUUAGACCUCGUGGAGCAGGAAGAUCAGUUAACUCAUGAAGUCUCCUUGGAUGAGGUUAUAGAUCCAGAGAUUUCCCUUGAUAUAUUCAAACCUGACCCCAAUUAUAUGGAGAAUGAAAAGCGAUAUGAAGAGUUGAAGAAAACCAUGCUGGGUGAGGAAGAGGAAUCAGAGGGAGAGGAAGGUUCUGAUGCUGAAUCAGAUGAAGAUGAUGAAUCUGAUGAAGAGGACGAGGAAAGUAUGCAGAUAAAAGAUGAAACAGAGACAAAUCUUGUCAAUCUUCGAAGAACUAUAUAUCUAACAAUCAUGUCUAGUGUAGAUUUUGAGGAAGCUGGUCAUAAGCUUCUGAAGAUUCAUCUUGAGCCAGGACAAGAGAUGGAAUUGUGCAUUAUGCUUUUAGAAUGUUGCAGCCAAGAAAGAACUUACUUGCGAUAUUAUGGUCUUCUGGGGCAGCGUUUCUGCAUGAUAAACAAAGUGCAUCAAGAAAAUUUUGAGAAGUGCUUCGUGCAACAGUACUCCAUGAUUCACAGGCUUGAAACAAAUAAACUGCGAAACGUGGCAAAGUUUUUUGCGCAUUUGCUUGGGACCUUUGCUCUGCCUUGGCAUGUCUUGUCAUAUAUUCGCUUGACUGAAGAGGACACAACUUCUUCUUCACGUAUAUUUAUUAAGAUUCUUUUCCAGGAAUUGUCAGAGCAUCUCGGAAUCAGGCUGCUAAAUGAGCGGUUAAAUGAUCCAACAAUGCAGGACUCUUUUGAAUCCAUUUUUCCCAAAGAUAAUCCAAAAAAUACACGAUUCUGCAUUAACUUCUUCACAUCCAUUGGACUUGGUGGUCUUACUGAGAAUCUACGCGAGUACUUGAAAAAUAUGCCACGUCUGAUCAUGCAACAACAGAAACAAGUUUCAGAUUCUGACUCAGACAAUGAGUCUGCGAGCUCCGGUUCAUCAGAUUCAGGAACUACUAGUUCUGAGUCAGAGGCAGACUCAGCAAGUUCUGAUGAAAGUGACAGGAAACGAAGAAAACGUAGAAGAAAAUGAUGCAAUUGUUGCUAUUGUCAAAGCCCCUUGCAUCCACAAACCUGUAGUUGAGAAUCCAUGGUUUCACAAUCUGUAUGUCAGUGAAUCAACUUUGCUUACUGCAUAGUUGUUCUGUUAUCUAUCUGGAUUUGUUUAAUUUUGUACUUAUGAUCAUAUUUUCGGUAAACUCAAGCUCUGGCUUUGAAUUUUUGUGUAAAAACCUCCAGCAUAGAACCUUUACACCGUUUAAACUGUGUAGGCUAAAUGGUAAUUAAGAUGCUCCAUGAUGGAUUUUUGGUGUUUGUUUUAAUGGUAUUGAAUUUGAUAGAAUUAUUUUAUUUAAGC